AUGAAUGCUGAUGCUUAUGCAGUUCUUGUAUAUUUACAUCUUCAGGAAAUUCGUACACGGGCGUUUCAUGGAAUCACUUAUCGAGGCAUGAAUAUAUCACAUGCUGAUUUCGAAGCUUACAAAUGGGCUUAUGCACGAGCCGCCGUUCUUCAAACACGUAUUUUUCAAUCAACAUCAAAAAGUCCAGAGGUGGCCUAUGCUUUGGGUGACCAUCCCGUAGUAAACGAUCGAAUAUCGAUUAUUAUGUGUUUCGACUUUGCCGAACCAUGUCCAUCAGCAAUUGAUCUUUGUGGCAUUUCUUAUUUUAAAGAUGAAGACGAAGUUCUUUUACUACCAUUUACCCUUUUUCGAGUUAUUUCAAUCAGCGAGAUUAAUUUUUUCCACCACACUUAUCAAAAAAUAACAAUGAAAAAUCUACCCGUACCAUCCAGCACAUUAUGGGCAUCAUCAAGAAAAAAACGAAUAUAA